AUAUGUUUGAUUUUGUCGGUUGUUUUUGCGGAAGGAUAUAUUAAGUGAAGCGUACUGACACCGGAAGUUCGUGGCGUUUUAAAACCUUCCCGUCAGGCUAUGCGGUACCAACAUGGCGGCGCCCAUCCCGAGUCUGGCGUUACGAGGCACCCACGGGGUGUCCCUAGUGGAGGGGCCUCCAGCGCUGAGAGACAACCGGGCAUUCACAAGGGAUGCCAGUCGUUCCUGCAAGGUUAUGGCCUUCAGUCCAGAUGGCAGUCUGUUUGCUUGGUGCAAUGGACAACAGGUGACAGUGGUUCGACUGCCCAGUGGGGAGGUUGUACACGAGAUGAAAGAGCACCCCCGAGUUGUUGGUCUCCUGUUCUCACCCCUCAGUACCUACAUGGCUACCUGGGAGGUCAUCGUAGGUAAGGGUAAUCCAUACCCCAACCUGCACCUGUGGGACAUGAAGACAGGACAGAAGGCCAAGAGUUUUGUCCACAAGAGACAAACAGACUGGGAGCCCCAGUGGACAGAUGAUGAGGUGUUGUGUGCACAUGCAGUGAACGAGAUCCACCUGUUUGAGAAUGGGGACUUCAGCCAUAUAGCCCGGAAACUAGACGUGCAGAAGGUGGCUGGUUAUAAGCUGUCUCCAGGCCCUCCUCCACACAAGAUAGCUGUGUAUGUGCCUGGUCAGAAGGGAGGCCCGUCUUUCGUCCGUGUGUUCAAGUUCCCAGACUUUGCCACACCCCUGGCUAAUAAGAGUUUCUUCAAGGCAGACAAGGCAGAUAUCAGGUGGAACAAGAAAGGAACUGGACUUCUGGUCCUGUGUGCCACUGAGGUAGACCAGACUGGAAAGUCGUACUAUGGAGAACAGAACCUGCACUACAUCGGGGUGGAUGGAGUCAGCAGUAUUGUGCAGCUCUCUAAGAAUGGUCCUAUCUACUCUACUGACUGGAAUCCAGACUCAACAGAGUUCUGUGUUGUGUAUGGAUUCAUGCCUGCCAAGGCCACUAUCUUCAACCUGAAGUGUGAACCUGUGUUCGACUUUGGUACAGGUCCCAGGAACUUGUGCUCUUAUAACCCACAGGGAAACAUCCUAUCCCUUGCUGGGUUUGGCAACCUUCGGGGGAACAUAGAAGUUUGGGACAGAAGAAAGUUACAGAAGAUAGCCCUGGUGCAGGCUCCUGACACCACCUACUUCUCCUGGUCCCCUGAUGGCGUCCACUUUGUCACAGCCACCACUUCUCCCAGACUAAGGGUCGGCAAUGGCCACAAGAUAUGGCACUACACUGGGCACCAGCUGGAUGAGAAGAUGCUGGGGAUGAAUGAAGAGCUGUGGGAGGCUGCCUGGCAGACGUAUCAGCCAGGUGUGUUCCCUGCACCACAGCUGUCGUACCAGCCAGUCAGGGCAGCUGCCCAGCAACAAGAUGCCAAGCCAGCAGUGUAUCGGCCCCCUGGUGCCCGUGCCCUUGGCCACACGUCCCCAACCAAACUGCAUGAAGAGGAGCUGCCACAGAAUGAGAGAAUGGAGAAAGGAGAUGAAAACCUCUCCAAGGCAGCACUGAAGAACAAGAAGAAGAGAGAAGCAAAGAAAGCAAAACAGCAGCAGCAGCAACAAGCACCAGUGGACCCUCGUAGCCAGGAGCAGAGGGACGCUCUCGCCAUGGCAACCCACAUCCUGGGUGCCCCGCCCCCUUCUGUCACCAGUACUGUGGUUAGUGCUGACUCCGAGAAGAAAAUCAAAGGACUUAAGAAGAAACUGAGACAAAUAGAACAACUCAAAGAGCAACAGAAGUCAGGGAAACAGCUGGAGUCGAACCAGCUUGAGAAGAUAAAGGGAGAAGCUGCCUUACUAAAGGAACUGGAACAGCUGGAACUGGGCAGUUAGCAACACGUGUAGAGUGAUAGUAUAGACAACACUAGUCUAGUUUUGCACUGAAGACCUUGGAAACCUUGACUGUUGUCAUUGCCACUACUGUACAGUAUUCACUGGUACUCGAUCAUCGUUUUUGCAUAACACUCUUGUUCGAAGAAUCACUUAAAGUUAAAUGUCAUGUCUCCAAAGUAUUAAGGUGCUCUCAUACCCUUAACUUUUGUUUUGUUCAAAGGUACUGAUCCACAAAUAUGAUUAUAUCAAAUAGCUCCAGCAAGGUUUUAUUGAAGUUAUCACAAGUAGAUACAUGUACUACGAUGUAGUAUGAAGAGAAAGUAAGUAUAAGGAAUGUAUCAGAUAUCGUUCAAACAAGCUUGACUUGCUUAAGCAAAUAAAACUUUAUACUGUAUCAGAGAGUGAAGCAAGACUUCUGGUACAUUGUAUUGAUGACCGUAACUACUUAACUUGCCAGAAGAGAAAUGCCAGUUUGCAUGGCAAUAGUAACUUUACAUAUCAAGCAUAUAUAAAAGUAAGAUCAAUGCUUUUAUAUGGACCAGUUAAUCACAAACCAUGAUAUUGCCUUUACUAAAAAGCUUCCAACAAAGGCAAUGGUAGUGCACAUACUGAUCUAUCAUUCAUAUGACAUGAUGAUUAUAAAAAAAAUCAUAUGUUUCUCACCUUUCUUAUCUGUAGCUUAAACAGAAAAUAAA